ACUUAGUCAGUGUCAAGCGGUCACACAAUCAAGUUGAGCUCUCUCUAUCGCCAGCGUCGGCCAGUGCAGCCUAAUUCAAUUAAAAUUAAAACGCAGAUCUACGCGACCGAGUGAAAUUGCCCCAAAUUCUCAACAAUUAUAGGCCACGCUCGUCAGUAAUCUCGCAUCUGCGUAGGCAGCUAUAUCUGAAUCUCGGUCAUGCAAUCGGACGUAUCUCCCUUCGGAGUUCCUGCCACGGAAUCCCUUCCCAUGCACCGAUCUUCGUCCAUGCCCGUGAAACCGAAGCCGCUGGAGCAGAAACCUCUGUUUCGAUCAUCCGAAAAGGAAACGGUCAAUGCGGCGGAUUACUAUCCGGAAAGUCCAGGUUUCGUACGGCGCAGAAAGUCGAAAAUUGCCGCGGAACAUCUGGAAACGCGCAGCGAACUAAACUUCCCAUAUACACACGACUGGGCCGGGAGUACAAUAGAGCUAACACCAGAUGUGGGUUCCGGGCCGGGAACCUCCUCUUCCGAUGGACUGAGGCGUAGCCUACAUCGGGUAAUGGAGAAGAACGGCAAGGAGAACGUAGUGUUCCGGCGAAUUCCAGAGAAGUCUUGGCGCUACAUGCGGGAUCUAGUCACCACGCUGAUGGAACUGGAGUGGAAAUAUAUGCUGACCUUGUUCCUUGGAAGUUACUUCCUCAGCUGGCUGCUCUUCGCCGUCCUCUGCUACGUGGUGGCCUACUCCCACGGGGACUUCAUCUUUGAUCCUGUGACUGGAAAACGGAUGGGCGAGGGCGAGCAUCCUUGCGUAUACGGGGUACGGAACUGGGUGGCCAUGCUUAUAUACUCGGUGGAGACGCAGACAACCCUUGGAUUCGGCGAAAAGUACGCCAGUGAGGAGUGUCCAGAGACGAUAUUUCUGUUCGUCGUACAGAUGAUGAGUGCGGCUUUGAUUGAGGGCUGUAUGAUCAGCGUGAUCUAUGCCAAGACAGCCCGACCGGCCCGGCAGCUUACUAAGCUCAAGUUCAGCGAUAAGGCGGUGAUCUGUUAUCGUGACGGGCUCCUGUGUUUGCUCUUCCGCGUGUGCGAUCCCCGAGAGCAGCAGUCCAUUGAGACCAAAAUACGCGUCUAUAUUAUCGUGGACAAGCGCACUCGCGAGGGUGAGAUUAUAAAAACUCACGUGGAACUGAAGCUGGAGGGAAACGGAGAACAAAUAAUUCUCUGGCCCGAUGUGGUGUGCCAUGUCAUCGAUGAGACCAGUCCGCUGUUCCAGUUCACCACCGCCAAACUCUUCAACGCUGCCCAAUUUGAGCUGUAUGUGUCCAUAGUUGGGACUUCCCCUGCCACCGCUCAGAUGACGGAAGCCAAGACUUCCUACCUUCCACGGGAGAUUUUCUGGGGCCAAAGGUUCAUCAACAUUAUCCACUACGAUGCACAAAACGAGCGCUACAUCGUGGAUUACGAGAAUUUCAACAGGACCAUUUCGGUGGACAUGCCCAUCGUGCUGCCGACAAAUGAUCAGUUUAAGCUGGAGUACAGAAAAUAAAUGUGAAAAGUAAUAUGUAACUAUAUUAUAUAUUGAAAAAA